UCUCCGUGGAAACUAUGUAGACAACAAGGGAUAAGUUACCCUCAGUCUGCGAGCGCCACAUGUAGUCAUGUCAAGGAAGCGCACAAGAAUGGCUUGUCCCUAACUAUACUCCAAUAUGUCGGCACUUAUAGUAUUUCUACUCCAGUUUGUUAUAAUUCGGACGGUUAAUACGCAGACGACGCAAAAUAUUAACGUUUUACUAAUCAAUGAAGAAAAUAACGCAUUAGCUGAGAAGUCUUUCGAUGUUGCCAAAGAAUAUGUGAGGCGUAAUCCCACUUUAGGACUCGCUGUUGAGCCGGUCAUCGUGGUUGGCAACAGAUCCGACGCAAAAACAUUUUUGGAGAAUGUUUGCAGGAAAUACAAUGAUAUGUUAUCAGCGAAAAAGACUCCUCACGUCGUGUUAGACUUUACGAUGACUGGGGUCGGUUCGGAGACGAUUAAAUCGUUCACCGCUGCGCUGUCACUGCCAACAAUUUCGGGUUCAUUCGGGCAGGCCGGGGACUUGCGACAGUGGCGAUCCCUGAACUCUAAUCAGACUAAAUUUCUCCUACAAGUAAUGCCUCCCGCUGAUGUUAUGCCGGAGUCUAUUAGGGCGAUUGUUACCCAGCAAGAUAUAACUAACGCAGCUAUUCUCUUCGAUGAGUUUUUUGUAAUGGACCACAAAUACAAAUCGUUACUGCAGAAUAUUCCAACGCGACAUGUUAUUACUCCA